CACAAAUGGGAUUCUGUCGAUCGGAUUACAGCAGGGCGUUGACUGAAUGUGCCCAAGCAGAGCAAAGGCAAACACGAUCCAUACAGGCCUUGAGAAUGGUUCGUGAUGCCGGCGUUCUCUCCACUCGAUGUCCUCUGGACGAGGCCUAUAUGUUCUGUUACGCCUCCCAUCAGGACCAUGAAUUCAAAACAGCAACAUCCCAUUCCCUCCCAUGACCAUGGCACAGACGUCCAAAAUCAGAAUAUCUAUCGACCGAGGCGGCACCUUUACUGAUGUGCAUGCCUCAGUUCCUGGGAAACCAGAUAUCAUUUUGAAACUAUUGUCAGUUGAUCCUUCGAAUUAUCAGGAUGCACCCACGGAAGGGAUUCGACGAAUUUUGGAGCUGGCAACGGGAGAAUCAUUCCCAAGAGGCAAGCCGCUUAAUAUGGCCCAUAUCGACAGACUUAGAAUGGGUACGACAGUAGCAACCAAUGCCUUGUUGGAGAGAAAAGGCUCAAAAUCCGCUUUGGUAACAACAAAAGGCUUCAAAGAUUUGCUACAGAUUGGCAAUCAAUCAAGACCGAAGAUUUUCGAUCUGUCAGCCCGCAAGCCAGAAGUUCUCUAUGAGAAGGUCAUCGAGCUCAACGAACGAAUCGUUCCGUGCCCUCAGCAGAGCGAAAGCCACAGGUAUCCGGAAUGUCGGUUAGUGGAGGGUACGACAGGUGAAAAGUUCCGCAUACUCAAAGAGCUCGACAUGGGAGAGGUCUCAAACAAGCUACAAAUGCUCUGGCAAGAAGGAUAUAGGUCGAUUGCUGUUGCAUUGCUACACUCCUACGCAUACCCUGACCACGAACUAAGAGUAGGCCAACUUGCGCUCGCGAUGGGCUUCUCAGUCGCUUUGUCAUCGGCAUUACAGCCUAUGAUCAAAGUCGUCCCUCGAGGCAUGUCGGCUUCCGCCGACGCCUAUUUGACACCGGUUAUCAAAAGCUACAUCGACUCGAUCGAGUCAAACUUCGAAGGUGGUCUUGAUAGCUCUCAUGGUUGCCGCUUUGAAUUUAUGCAAUCUGAUGGAGGACUGGUUGAUUUCCGAAGUUUCAGUGGUCUCAAAGCCAUACUUUCAGGUCCAGCGGCAGGAGUUGUGGGCUUUGCUGCCACAAGUUGGGACGAACAUGAGCAUGUGCCUGUCAUUGGUUUUGACAUGGGAGGUACCUCAACAGAUGUGUGUCGAUUCGACGGCAACUUUGAGCACGUAUUCGGCGCAACCAUUGCUGGUGUUUCUAUACAAUCACCACAACUCGAUAUAAACACCGUCGCCGCAGGCGGAGGAUCCAUACUCUCGUGGAGAAAUGGCCUCUUCUUGGUCGGCCCAGAAUCAGCCUCUGCUCAUCCAGGUCCUGCUUGUUACCGCAAAGGAGGGCCUCUUACAGUCACUGACGCAAAUCUGUUCCUAGGUAGACUAUUGCCAGAGUAUUUCCCCAAGAUAUUUGGACCCAAUGAGGAUCUCCCUCUGGACCAGGACAUCACUGCGCAAAAGUUCCGAGAGCUUACGGAGUCGAUCAAUAAGGAGCAAAUUGAGAAGGGUCGAGCUCGGUUCACUCCCGAAGAAGUUGCCCUAGGGUUUUUGAAGGUCGCAGACGAGUCCAUGGCCCGACCAGUCCGCAACUUGACUGAAGCCCGUGGAUUUGAGACAUCAUCCCAUCACCUCGCCUCGUUCGGAGGGGCUGGUGGACAACAUGCGUGCUCUGUCGCCGCGACCCUUGGUAUCUCACGCAUCAUCAUACACAAAUACUCAUCUGUUCUCUCGGCUUAUGGCUUGGCGUUGGCAGAUGUGGUCAAGGAAGCUCAAGAGCCAGUAUCCGCCCAGUAUCUCACAUCUCAAUCGCAACUCCGCAAGAAGUUCGAAGGCAUUAUCACGCGAUCAUCUUCGGACUUAAUGUCCCAGGGCUUCCAGCUGGAUCGAAUUCGACAUCAACUCUACCUCAACAUGCGGUACGAAGGGUCUGACACGAAUCUGAUGAUCCUCAAACCGGAAAACAGUUGGGACUUUGCGACAGAGUUCCGUGAAAGACAUCGCAGAGAGUUCGGGUUUGCUUUUGAGAAACCUCUGCUUGUCGAUGACGUCCGAGUUCGAUCGAUCGCGUCGUCCAACAAUCACGCAGAGCAGAGCCCUGCCACUCAGCUAAAAGCUCAGGCCGUCAAAGACAUGCAACAACCACCCCAAGAGACGACAAAGGUAUACUUUGACACCAUCGGACAUGUUGACACUCCAGUCCACUUACUGAAGAGCAUCGACAAAUAUACCCGCAUUCAAGGGCCGGCCAUCAUCAUCGACGAAACGCAAACAAUCGUAGUCGCACCCGACGCCGUGGCAAACGUUCUCGAGACAUGCAUAGUCCUCGACUUGAAGGACGAAAAGACAUCACGGCGAACUGCCUCCGACACUUCAUCAUCACCCGAACAAAUCGCCAUCGAUCCAGUACGACUGUCAAUUUUUGGCCACCGAUUCAUGUCCAUUGCCGAACAAAUGGGCCGCACGCUCCAGAAGACGUCGGUGUCGACCAACAUCAAAGAACGUCUGGAUUUCUCGUGUGCGCUCUUCUCGCCCGACGGCGGCCUCGUCGCCAACGCGCCGCACGUGCCCGUCCACCUGGGGUCCAUGCAGUUCGCCGUGCGGUACCAGCACAACAGGUGGCUCGGCCGGCUGAAGGACGGCGACGUCCUCGUCUCCAACCACCCCAGCUGCGGCGGCACCCACCUCCCGGACAUCACGGUGAUCACGCCCGUCUUCGACCGGCCGGGAGGGUCCGAGAUUGUGUUUUACGUCGCGUCGCGCGGCCACCACGCAGACAUCGGCGGCCUCCUCCCGGGCUCGAUGCCGCCCAAGUCGACGGAACUCUGGCAGGAAGGCGCGGCCAUCGAGUCGGACAAGAUCGUGAGGGACGGCGUCUUCGACGAGGCCAGGAUGACGGAACUCCUGCUGCGCGAACCGGCCAGGUUCGAGGGUUGCUCGGGCACGCGCUGCCUCGCCGACAACCUGUCGGACCUCAAGGCCCAGAUCGCCGCCAACACGCGCGGGAUCCAGCUCAUCCAGAACCUGAUCGGGGAGUACGGCCUGUCGUGCGUCCAGGCCUACAUGUACGCCAUCCAGAGCACGGCCGAGGUGGCGGUGCGCAACCUCCUCCGCGACCUGCACCGUAGGUUCGGCGGUCGCCCGCUCGAGGCGGUCGACUACAUGGACGACGGCACGCCGAUCAGGCUCAGCAUUGUGAUUGACGAGACCUCCGGGUCGGCCACGUUCGACUUUGCGGGUACGGGGCCUGAGGUUUACGGCAACACAAACGCCCCCGUCGCCAUCACGCACUCGGCAAUCAUCUAUUGUCUACGGUGCAUGAUCGACUCAGACAUCCCACUCAAUCAAGGCUGUCUGGCGCCCAUCAGCAUCAAAAUCCCGCCGAGGUCGCUACUGUCGCCGUCGCGCACCGCGGCCGUAGUGGGUGGCAACGUGCUCACGUCGCAGCGCAUCACCGACGUCGUGCUCCGGGCGUUCCGAGCGUGCGCCGCGUCCCAGGGAGACACGAACAACCUGACCUUUGGCACGGGUGGCAAGUCCGAGGAGGACGGUUCGCACGUCGACGGGUUCGGGUACUACGAGACCAUUGCGGGAGGCAGCGGGGCGGGACCGACCUGGACCGGCCAGAGCGGAGUGCACACGCACAUGACAAACACGUGCAUCACGGACCCGGAGAUCCUGGAGAAGAGGUACCCUUGCGUGUUGCGCCAAUUUACACUGCGUGAGGGGUCGGGCGGCGUGGGUGCACGACCCGGUGGGGACGGCGUGGUGAGGGAGAUUGAGUUUCUCGACCCCGUGCAGUGCUCGAUCUUGAGCGAGAGGAGGGUACACCGACCGUACGGGAUGGAAGGGGGAGGCAAGGGUCAGGAAGGAUUGAACCUGUGGGUCACAAAGGAUGAAGAGACGGGUGAAGAGCGGAGAGUCAAUCUCGGUGGGAAGAAUACAGUCAAGGUGAAGAGAGGUGACAGGAUCUUGGUCAUGACGCCUGGUGGUGGUGCUUGGGGAGCGGAGGAAGAAAUAGAAUAGAUACGAUGACGUUGAGAGAGCCCAUGAUGAGAUUGUGUAGUCUGUGAAAUGUUCACGUUCGUUCUCUCUUCAUCUAUCA